AAUGAUGAAUUUGCAGGUUGAAAAAGCACGACACAUGACAUAUAUACGAGGAGAAUGAUGAUGACUCUGUAUCUGUAUCAGAGAGAGAGAGAGAAACCCACCUAAACAAAACUAAUCUCCUUCCUUAAUUAAUUUCAUCUCUCUUUAUAAACACAAACCACCACCCCUGCAUCACAAAACACUUUCAUCAAUGGCUGCUCGAUGUUUUUACUUUUCUUUUUGCGGGUGGUCUAACCCCAAAUCCAACGACACCCACCCCUCUGAUCUCGAGAACGGUGGUGCGGAAAGUGACAAGCUAAAGCUGCCAGCUUUUAAAGAGUACAAGCUGGAUCAACUUAGAGCUGCAACUGGUGGGUUUUCUGUGGAAAAUAUUGUGUCUGAGCACGGUGAAAAGGCGCCAAAUGUUGUGUAUAGAGGAAAGCUUGAGGAUGAUGAUCGCUUGAUUGCGGUUAAGCGGUUUAACCGGUCUGCUUGGCCUGAUACUCGCCAGUUUUUGGAUGAAGCAAAGGCUGUUGGACAGCUUAGGAGUCCUAGAUUAGCCAAUUUGUUGGGAUGUUGCUAUGAAGGAAAUGAAAGAUUGCUGGUGGCUGAGUUCAUGCCUCAUGAAACUUUAUCCAAACAUCUGUUUCAUUGGGAAAGUCAGCCGUUAAAAUGGGCAAUGCGCUUACGGGUUGCUCUGUAUUUGGCGCAAGCCUUGGAUUACUGCAGCAGUAAAGGGCGUGCUCUGUAUCACGACCUUAAUGCGUACAGAGUUUUGUUUGAUCAGGAAUGCAAUCCGAGGCUCUCUUGUUUUGGCCUAAUGAAGAAUAGUCGAGAUGGAAAAAGCUAUAGCACCAACUUAGCUUUCACCCCUCCAGAAUAUAUGAGAACAGGUAGAGUGAUAGCAGAAAGUGUAAUUUACAGCUUUGGUACUAUAUUACUCGAUCUUCUGAGUGGAAAACAUAUUCCCCCGAGCCAUGCCCUUGAUUUAAUAAAAGGGAAGAAUUUUCAAAUGCUGACGGAUUCAUGUUUAGAGGGUCAUUUCUCAAAUGACGAUGGAACGGAAUUAGUAAGAAUUGCAUCACGGUGUUUGCAGUAUGAACCUCGAGAGAGACCCAAUGCCAAAUCAGUUGUGGCUUCUCUUACUCCUCUGCAGAAACAAACAGAUGUUUCAUCCCUUGUAUUACUGGGAAUUGGAAAGGAAUCAUCACCUGCAACACAAAUAUCUAACCUGUCACCGCUUGGAGAUGCUUGCUCAAGAAUGGAUUUAACUGCCAUACACGAGAUACUGGAAAAGAUUGGAUAUAGUGGUGAUGAAGGGGUCACGGAUGAGCUUUCGUUCCAAAUGUGGACUAGUCAGCUACAUGAUACAUUAAACGGUAAAAAGCAUGGGGACAAUGCUUUUCGGGCCAAAGAUUUCACUACUGCUAUAGAAUGUUACACAAAUUUCAUAGAGAGUGGGACGAUGGUGUCACCAACCAUGUAUGUAAGGCGUUGUUUGAGUUAUUUGAUGAUAAACAAGGCACAAGAAGCGUUAGGAGAUGCAAUGCAAGCGCAGGUGAUAAAUCCGGAAUGGUCAACUGCACUUUAUCUUCAGGCAGCUGCUUUGUUUAGCCUAGGAAUGGACAAAGAUGGGCAUGAAAUGCUUAAAGACGCGGCUUCGCUGGAUUUGGAAACGAAAGGAAACUGAAAGUCCUUGGGAAAAGUGGUUGUAGUUUGUUGAUAUGUGCAUUGUUCCCAUCAAAGGCAUGUAAUGAAUCAACUGUUUGUUUUGCAACCUUUUAUGUUUGUUUCCGCUAGAAGAUAUAGUUCAUAAUUUCGACUCAUUUACUUCUCUAAA